AUGCUUGCCAAACGCUUCUUUUCCAUCUUCUAUCUCGUUGGAUCGGCUUUCGGCCACCCAAAACCGGAGCAAGUCGAUGUGGCUGUCGUUGGGGCUGGUCUCUCCGGUCUGGCAGCGGCACAAAAGCUCAUUGACUCUGGCAAGAGGGUCGCAGUCAUCGAGGCUAGGGACAGGGUUGGUGGCCGAGUUGAUAACAAAAAGCUGAAGAAUGGGAGUGUCACAGAACUUGGUGCUGCCUUUAUAGGACCUACACAAGACAGAGUCCUAGCUUUGGCUAAUGAACUGCACCUUGAGACUUUCAAAGAGUACAACCAAGGCUACAAUCUUGCCUUCGUGGACGGCCAACGUCUCAACUAUUCCGCCAGCAGUCCAUCACCGCCAGUCGACCCGACCACGACGGAACAGAUCCUUGAGAUUAUCACAAAGAUUGAUACACUAGCAGCCACGCUCGAUGUCGAAAACCCCUGGAAUUCUCCAAAUGCCACUGCUUGGGACGCCAUCACCCUCCAAGACUGGGCAUAUGAAACGCUCACGACGACAGUCGGACGAGAGGCAUUCGAGAUAUCUGUCGAGUCUAUCUGGUCUGGCACAGCAGAGCAACUGUCCUUCCUCUACGCUCUCGCCUAUGUAGCUGGUGCCGGCAAUCAGACAAACAAGGGCACAUUCGAACGACUUAUUCUCACCAAUGAUGGCGGGCAGGAGAGCCGUAUCGUCGGCGGCACCGGUCUCUUGCCUGAGUGUCUCGCUGGCAAGAUCGGACGGGAUAAAAUCACAUUGAGCAACCCAAUCAAAUCCAUCACUCAGACCAGAUUCGGCAAAUACCUAAUCCGGGGAGAAUCAAAGUCGUUCCUCGCACAGAAUGUCAUCGUGGCCAUGUCUCCCCCCGUCGCCGGGUUGGUCGAAUACUCGCCUCCCGUCUCUGCCAAGCGCCAGAAGCUCAUGCAACGUAUGUUCAUGGGCAACGAAGGGAAGAUGAACGCCAUCUACAAGACACCAUUUUGGAGAGAGAAUGGACUGUCCGGCCAAGUCCAGAGUACCUCCGGAACAGUAAAAGCUACCUUCGACGACUCGCCCGCGGACGCAUCCUACGGCGCCAUCCUAGGCUUCAUUGAAGCCGGCCAAAUGAAAGCCUUAGACAACGCCACCGAAGCAGAGAUCCAGAAACUCGUCCAAGAAGACUAUGUUCGGUACUUUGGCCCCGAGGCGGCGAAUGCAGAAGAGUGGGUGCUUGUUCGAUGGGAUAACGAGGCAUUUUCAAGAGGCGGACCGACUGCUCUCGCGGGACUGCAUACGUUUCAGCCAUAUGGGGCGGCACUCAAGCAGCCGGAUGGCGGGAUUCACUGGGCGGGUACAGAGGCAUCGGAUUAUUGGCCUGGAUAUAUGGAUGGUGCGAUUCGGUCGGGGGAGAGAGCUGCUGAAGAGAUCUUAGCCCUUCGUGGCCGAGGCUGGUAG